GUGAGAUGAAAUGGAAGUCGUGAGAGUGACGGUAGAAGGCGGCUGACGAUCUCCUGUGAGCAGAGUGAAGGGCGAAUCUGUAUCAAAAGAAGAAGCGUGCGAGAAGGAAGAAGAAUGAGUGAGGGGACGAAGCUCUAUAUGAACAAGCCUAAGAAAUCGCAGCUGAAGCAAAAAGCAUCUUCUACUCAAACACCUUCAUCGUCGUCGUCGUCGAUGGCGUCGUCAACUUCAACGGCGGCGACUAAGCCCGCACCACCUUCUCCGCCGGCAAAGGAACCGUUCCUUCGGCGUUACAGGUUCAUGUUGCCUAUGCUCUUGGCCGUUAAUCUCUCUAUCGGAGCCUACCUUUACAUGAGGACAAAAAAUAAAGACCCCAUCAUAGAAAUGGAAGAAGUUCCUAGUGCUCCCGUGGUGACUGCUACCGAAUCUACUAAAAUUGCCGAGAAGCUUGUCACUCCACCCGUAGUGCAGCCUGUUAUGGAACCAAUAUCAGAUAAUGAUAAGCGUGAGAUAUUCAAGUGGAUACUGGAAGAGAAAAGAAAGCUGAAGCCAAAAGAUCCUGAAGAGAAAAGACGCAUUGAUGAGGAAAAAGCCAUUCUUAAACAGGUCAUUCGAGCCAAGUCCAUCCCGAGUUUGUAAGUAUCAAAUAAACAUAAUCCAUGGAAAUUUAUCGCCCGAAUUUGAUGAAGUUUGGAAGUUAACAGGCUGAUUUGAUUUUUCUUCAGAUUGUACUUUCUGUUGAACACUCCUUUCUAUUAUGUUGGUUGUGUAGUAAUGUUUCAAUUUUACUU